AUGACAACGCUAACGCUGCCCAUGGUCACGAGCGUAAUCACUGUUGGCGCUGUUGGCGUGAAUCGUAAAGAUAGCUGGAGGUCCCGCGGUGAAGGCGACGGCAUGUGGCACGGCGCGCGGGUGUUUGUACUCGCGGCGCUGGGUCUACUGGCCGGGCCUUCAGUCGCCGCUAAGAAGUACAAUGUCACAAUCGGAUAUCUUCCCUCCAUUAAAGGCGAGCACAGGGACAGACAGGGACUGGCUAUUUCCGGGGCACUCUCCAUGGCCCUUGAAGAGGUUAACAACAGCACGGAUAUAUUGCCUGACGUGGAGCUGCUGCUGGAGUGGAACGACACACGUUGUGACACGGUGACAGCCACGCGCUUGCUCACUGAUAUGAGCUGCUCCGGUGUGGUCGCUUUCUUUGGUCCCGAGGGACGUUGCCACACCGAAGCAAUUAUCGCACAAUCCAGAAAUUUACCUAUGAUCUCAUAUAAAUGUUCCGACUACCAAACAUCAACAUUAUCAAACUUUGCUAGACUGGAACCGCCUGAUACUCAGGCGACAAAAUCUGUGAUAUCAUUAUUGCGGUACUACAGAUGGAAUAAAUUUUCCAUAUUAUAUGAAGAGUCUUGGGUGACAGUAGCGUUAACCCUCGAAAACCACGCUAAGAAAAACAAUAUGACCGUGAAUCACCAGCGGCCCGUGAUCGACGGUUUCAAGUGCUGUGAAGAGAAGUUGACGUGCUGCGCGCCGGGCUUCUGGUAUCAGUUCAUUCAGGACACCAAGAACAGAACAAGAAUAUAUGUGUUCUUGGGUUCAACGUCGGGUCUCAUAGAAAUGAUGACGGCCAUGGAGUCCUUACAGUUGUUUGCGAAAGGAGAGUACAUGGUUAUAUUUGUCGACAUGAUGACGUACUCUUCGAAAGAAUCAUUGAAGUAUUUAAUAAAAACUGAAGACCGUGGAUCGAAGUUGGUGUGUCCAAACACAGAAGAGUUCAGAAAGCGAGCCCAGUCAUUGUUGGUUGUGGUGUCGUCAGAACCUGCUGGUAGCUAUGAGGAUUUCACGGCCAAAGUACGCCAGUAUAACAACAUGAAGCCCUUUGAGUUCCCGCUGCCGACUGUGUUCGAAAAUAAAUUCAUCAAGUUUGUUUCCAUUUAUGCGGCGUAUUUGUACGACUCUGUCAAGCUCUAUGCAAUUGCUCUGGAUAAAAUUAUAAAAGAAGAGACAGAAAAGGAGAAACUGACUUAUGUGAAAUUGAUGAGCAUAGCGACGAACGGGUCUCGGAUUGUCGCCAAGAUGAUUGAAAGCUCUCCUUACAAAAGUGUAUCCGGAAUGUCGAUACGAUUGGACGAACGCGCAGACUCCGAGGGUAAUUUCUCGGUAUUGGCUUUCAAACCCACGAACUUCAGCGAUGAGGAUAUCAACUGUACCUACAGUAUGAUACCAGUCGGACAUUUUCAGCAGUCUAACCGCGAGUUCCCUGAAUACAAAUUGAAUCCGCGCCUACCUAUUGACUGGCCUGAUAGUGUAAAGCCUGAAGACGAACCUUCCUGUGGUUUUCUCAAUGAAAAGUGUCCCAAAGACGAUUCACAAAUAACUUCACUUGUAGUCGCGGGCACACUGGCUGUCACUUUGUUUUGUGCCCUUGUUGUUACCAUAAGCAUUUAUCGCAAAUGGAAGAUCGAGCAAGAAAUAGAAGGUCUUCUAUGGAAAAUUGAUCCACAUGAAAUUGCUGGCUAUUUGGGAAGUGGGCUUGUGUGGUCGCCAAGUAAGUUGAGUUUGGCAAGUGGAAUAUCGUGUGAGAGCAGAUGUUGCACUCAAAUAUUCACUACAACCGCACAAUACAGAGGAAAUGUGGUACGAAUUAAGGAACUAAAGUUUUCGAAAAAGAAGGAUAUAUCGCGUGAAGUGAUGAAGGAGAUGCGUCUGCUACGAGAGCUGCGACACGAUAACCUCAAUUCGUUUAUCGGUGCAGUUGUGGAACCCCUGCGCGUACUCCUCAUUACUGACUACUGCGCCAAAGGAAGCUUGUAUGAUAUAAUCGAAAAUGAAGAUAUAAAAUUAGAUAAAAUGUUUAUCUCGUCGCUAGUUCAUGAUCUCAUUAAGGGUAUGACUUUUAUUCAUACUUCGCCAUUAAUAUUUCACGGUAAUCUCAAGUCUUCUAAUUGUGUUGUGACAUCUCGGUGGAUGCUACAGGUUACAGACUUCGGUCUACAUGAGCUAAGAUAUUGCGCUGAAAAUGAAUUUAUAGGAGAGCAUCAAUAUUUUAGAGGCCUGUUGUGGAAAUCACCGGAGCUACUGCGACAAUUAGACGACCCAAACGGAACAGUAGGCGGCACGCAAAAAGGCGACGUGUAUGCAUUUGGCAUUAUUCUUUAUGAAAUAAUUGCCAGACGAGGUCCUUUUGGACUCACUGCUUUUGAACCCAAAGAUAUUGUAGAUAGAGUAAAGAGGCCAAAAUUAGAUGGCGAAGAAGUGUUCAGGCCGGAUACAAGCAUUCUUGAUGGUGUAGCGGAGGACUAUGUGGUUGCUUGCAUGAAGGACUGCUGGGCUGAGGAUCCCAAUCUUAGGCCUGACUUCCCCACAAUCAGAAGCCGCCUAAAGAAAAUGAAGUCUGGCAAGUCAAGGAAUAUUAUGGAUCAAAUGAUGGACAUGAUGGAGAAGUAUGCUAAUAAUUUAGAAGAACUAGUCAACGAGAGGACGAGGCUAUUAAUAGAAGAGAAGCAAAAAACCGAAGAUUUAUUACAUAGAAUGCUACCAAAGUCUGUGGCGAGGCGGCUCACUACGGGCGAGGGCGUGGAGCCGGAGUCUUUCGACUCCGUCACCAUUUACUUCAGCGACAUCGUCGGCUUCACCGCCAUGUCCGCGGAGAGCACGCCGCUGCAAGUCGUCAACUUCUUGAACGAUUUGUACACAGUGUUCGAUAGAAUUAUUAGAGGCUACGAUGUGUACAAAGUAGAGACUAUUGGCGACGCCUAUAUGGUGGUGUCUGGGCUGCCCAUUCGAAACAACGACCGGCAUGUGGGUGAGAUAGCGUCCAUGGCGCUCGAGCUGCUCAACGCUGUCAAGAGUCACAAAAUAGCGCAUAGACCAAAUGAAACCCUUAAGUUAAGAAUAGGUAUUCACACAGGAGCGGUUGUGGCGGGCGUGGUGGGACUAACUAUGCCACGCUACUGUUUGUUCGGUGACACAGUAAAUACGGCAUCCCGAAUGGAGUCCAACGGGGAACCGCUGCGCAUACAUAUCUCGCCAAGUUGCAAGCAGGCGCUGGACAAGAUCGGAGGGUAUUUGGUAGAGCCGAGGGGUACCAUACCAAUAAAGGGUAAAGGACAGUUGCAAACAUAUUGGUUGGUUGGAGCUACAGAAAAGGCAAUACAAAAGAGGCAGGUAGAGGGUGAAGAGCGUCCAUUGUUCCGACGACCGCGAAGAAGUCCGAGGCUAGCGGACUCUAGACAUCCUUCCUUAUCAGAGCUCAAGAACGAUACUGGUUGGCCAGUUGGCGGCGUGCGACAGCGGCUGCAUAGUGGGGCCUCGCUGCCCGCCGCCCCCGCUACCGCCGCCGCCUCGCUGCCCCCGCCCGCCGCAGCCCCCGCGCCCGCCUCGCCGGCCUCGCGCCGCUUGCGCCAAGAACGCAUCGACCACGCAGCGCGCGCCAGGUAA